AUGCUCACCCCAUCAGCGUGGUCAAGAAUUGCAGGCUUUGUGCCAGGCCUCCACAUCCCUGCCUGCAAGCGCUGCGCUCCGACAGCUGCCACAGGCCUAGGCCCUGCCCACACAGGAACCAGGCCGCCAGCAGGCGUCUUCUGGGCCAGACGGCCGGCUCAGGACCUGUCCCCCAGGCCACAGCUGCUCACUCUUCACGGGGGCCCGGGCUGCUGUGCAGACACACCAGUGGCCGGCGUCAGCGCCCCACCCGCUGCAGCGCUGGCUCCCUCACAGCAACAGGGAAAGGGGCCCAUUGCCCAGGACCCUGUGAGGGCCUCGGUCACCGGGACCAGGAAUGGUUCUGGGGGGAAAGCUCAGUCCCUAUGA